CACUUUUAGUAGCACUCAUGCUUUCGUCGAGUUAAGACGUUUGGGAAUCGUACGGCAUCCCUGGGACGGCGAGACGUCUUCGAUCUGUGGUGGUGGUGUUGUGUCUCUGUGUGGAACGUGUGCGGUGUUGUUUCAGAAACGCGUUCCCUCUUCCUGCUACUAGCGAGAACGAUGGCGCGCAGCGGUUUUGCAUGACUGGAAGUGAUUUAGAGUUGAGGUCUUGCGUAUAAAGUGUAGUUUCGUUGCAGAGCAACAAAACAGUAGUGCAGUGUCGCGGGCUUUUUUUUUGGGUCAACAAAAAGUGAGAUAAUUUGCUUGUUCGGAUUUGACCAGACCAGAGUGUAUGGCAAAAAAAAGUUGAAAUAUAGUGUGUGCAUAAAUCUAGCGGAAAUUUGUUUAUCGAUAGCGUAGUGUCCCCAUGUAUCAUUGCAUAACUGUUAGUGGCAAACGAAGGUUGUAACAACACACAUCGAUUGGAUUGAUUCAUUGAGAAGUUGAAUACCUACGCGCAGUGCUGUGUGGAUUGUUGGUACGGCUCGAGGUGAUACCCUCUGAGCUUGGGUACUACUAUAUUAUUAGAGGUGGCGGCUGCAACAUGAUUGGCUGUCCGUGUUUAUGAAUAGUGAGAGUGAAACCAUUCGUCGUGGUUGAUUUGUUUAUUUCCCAAUACGCCAUAAUACACUGUGAGUGCCUACAAUAGUUGCAGCUGUGAGGAGGCGGUGGUUCCGAAUAGAAACGUGUCGGCGGUUUGUUUUUACCAGGAGGAGCAGUGAUUAAGCAGCAGCGUUCAGGAUGACGAUCUUCAGCUUUUAUGGAAUGAGGAUAAAAGUCCCGAAGCAAGAGGACAAAAUGACACCCGCAGGAGGCCAGCUGCAACAUAAUUCCGAGGAUGCAACCCAACAACAGAUUCCUAACAUUGCCGGGACGAUCACCGAUGCGAGUCACAAGCAGCAGCAUCAGCAGCAUCAGCAGCACCACACACAGUAUCUUCACCAUCAGCAUGUACAUCUACCUCAGCUGCAUCAUUUCUCGUCAUCGAUGCCUGGUGGCAGCACAGGGCUGCUGGCAAACGGAGGCAAUGGUGGCAGUGCAUCGGCGCCUUCAACGCUGGCCAGUGGAACUAAACUACCUGCCAAAUCUUUACCAACCGGGCCGUCCCCCUUUCGGCAGCUGCUUCCCGCCGCUCUGUGCAUCAUUUCGUUCGCGACGGUGCUUAGCAUACUUCUAAUCUACAUGGACACGACAGAAAUCCGACACCAACAGUUUCGGCUCAAUAUGUCACGCGACUACGACUUGAUGGGGGUGCCCCAGGACAAUCCCGCGCUAGUAAAGUACGUCAGGGACAUUCACAUGAAGAAGUACCCGAUGACCUUUAUGCGAAGUGCGAAUGCUCCCGCAGAGCAUCUAAAUUUCACCAAUCGACACGAGAUAACCCCCGAAAUGGCUCACUUCAUUUCGGACCUGUUGGGAAAGAAGCGUUUUGGAACAUUCUUCCAGUCACUGACCGGCAUAAGUGAUUCCAUGAUGACCGCCCCCUGGCUGGCGGGAACCAUGAACUGGGGCGGUUACCUAGUGGAACCGGACCCGCGGAAAUAUUUCUCCCUCCGCAAGCAGAAUGCCUUCCGACCAAACGUACAGGUGAUUCAUGCCUGCCUAUCUCCAAACACAUAUCCCAAAGAGGUCACGCUGCACCACGAUGAUGAUAGCGAAGUGCGAAUCAACAGUGUGCUGGAUGAGGAGACUGAAUGGUUCCAUCCGCGCGUCAAGUGCUUCCCCGUUUACACGCUAAUGUUGGCCGUCAACAGGACCUCGAUCGAUUUGCUCAGCCUUGGCUGCCAGGGACAGGAGCUACAGAUUCUCCAAACGAUUCCCUUCGAUCGGGUUCAUGUGAAGGUAAUCUCGAUUCAUCUGGUGCAUUACUACGAGGAGGACGAAAUGAUGAUUGACGUUGACGAAUAUGUGCAGAAUAUCACCCGAUUUCUGCUGAGCAAAUCGUACAAAAUGGUUCGUAGCUACGACCGCAAUUUCAUCUAUCAAUACGUCAGCGUGAACAGCGGAUUGGGUGCCAGUAUUAGCAGAGUCAAUAGCGUGGUGGGAAGCGCCGAAGGUGACCUUAUAGCUGCGCCUCCUACCAUGAAUGAUAAUGGUAGCGGAAGUAGUAAUGGCGCCAGCAGUACUGUUAAUGCGGUCAAGAGCACUGACAAUAAGAUCAGCACCAGUGAGAAGGGUGAUAAUGUGCGCAAGAUGAGCGGCAUUGGCACUACAUCAUCGCCACAAGUGCCGGCGAGCAGUGGAUCCACCAGCAAAGCUGCAAUUGGCGCUGAUUACACCAAUGCAGCUUAGUUCGACCAGUUUACCACCAAUGGUAACAUCAUUGUAAGUGUGGGUUAUGAAUCAUGAACAAAGCCGACGCGGGCAAAACAUUUUUACCAACUAUAGUUGUUCAUCUGACAUCGAUUUGCAGCGGUGCAAAUUUCGAAACUAAGGAUACCAAUUCAUCAUUCCAGAACGGGUUUCUACUCUCUAGUAGUUAGAGCAAAUUUUUUCCUAAAACAGCAUUUUAGAUAUCUAUUGAAAAGAAAAUAGUUUAAAAGUGAAAGCAACAAUUCUCUCACUAACGGGUUAUCUAAUUCACUUUGAGACUAUAAAACUCAAAUUUUAACUGUCACAUGUUGUCGUUCACAGUGCUCUCUCUACAUAAGACAUAAAAGUUGAAACUGGACUAAACAUAAGAAGAGGAGAAAGAUAUCGGAAGUAUUCAUAUUUAUUUAACACUUUUUAUACUUAAGCAAAUGAAUUUUCAGCCUAACUUUUUUGGUCCUGUAUCGGAAAGAAUGAUUGCUCAAAACGUGAAAGAUUUUUUCAAUUGGCGAUGAAGUUCUAAAUAUUUGAUUCUCGGUUAGUAAAUUAAGGAUUUUUUGGUACAGUUUUGAGACGUUUCCUUUGAAUGCGAUGUUUCCUUUCACCCACAGCACGUUCUUGAAAAAGCCGUAUGGACAUGUUUUGCGUGUCGAGCAUUUUUUUAAAUAAGAUUUAUGUUAAAUUUAAUUUGAUCCAGCAGGUGAAACAGCAACACGUAUAGUAUUAUUUUAUCGUUCAUAGAAGCGCUAAAUCUCUUUUUUCAUCAUUUUCCUACCUUAUCUUAGUUCUAGUUCUUUAAUUUGAAUGGAAGGAAAAAUUUGUUUACCAGAGAAUAAACGCAAGAGAGGUCAAUUUCGCAUAGAGAAUUCAAGUGAAUGUAGUUUUAUACAUUUAUCUAUUAAGAUAGAUAGUUAUGUCAUGAAAGAGAAGCAACAUAAGAAACUGAUUAGUUAAUAAGUAACUAUCAUUUUAUACUACUGUUAAUAUUACACUGAACGAAAGAGUGGAAUAAUGAGAAAUGAAAAUUCUUGAACAAUG